AUGCGAGAAGAGCGUGCACGUCAAAGAGCCGGACAGGCGCAGCCAAAAGAAGAAGCAAAACCUUCCCGCAAAUCUGAACCCGAACCCGAGCCUGUAAAAGCUGCGGCAGAGGAGUCAGUCGAAAGUGAGGCUGACAGAGUUUUUGCGCGCGCCAAAGCUGCACAUGAUGCAGAAUGGGCACGGACUGAGGAGCAGGAGAAGAAGAAAGAAGAAGAAGACGAGGCCGCUGCUGCAGAGGGCGCGGAAGGCAAGCAGGGACAGAAAGAGAAGAAAAAGGAUGCAGAAGCUCCACCGCCACCACACGGCAACAAGACCCCUUGGCAAGUUUUCACGGAGACCUUGUCAACUGAGUUCAAGGCCAGCAAGGAGUGGAACGAGAGCACAAAGGAAUUGAGUGGGAGCAUCCAUGAUUUCACUCAGAACCCGAACGUGCAGAAAGCUCGGAGUGCAUAUACGAAGGCAGCAGAAGCUGCAAGCACAACCACGGGCAAAGUAGUCAUGGGCACGGCCGGCGCCAUCGGUAAAGGUGCUGCUUGGACGUGGGAGACCCCUGUCGUACGUGGCAUCCGUGCAGGAGCAACAGCUGUUGGCUCCGGAGUCGAGAAAGUCACGCGACCAGUUCGCGAAACCGAGGCAUACAAGAACGUGAAGGAGGUUGUCGACGAUGGAUCUUCGCAGCGGUACGGCGGAUGGACGGAGCGCGAGGAAAGAAAACAACGGCGUGCACUGCGCGAUGCCAAGAUGGGGUACAAGCCACAUGAGGUCCAUGACGAAGACCCAAACGCCGGCACGAACGUAACACUUCAUAAAGACAGCGCAUGGAAAGAGUCCUGGAAAAACUUCCGGGAAGAAAGCCCGAUGAUGCAGCGUCUCUUCUCUAUGGGAUCAACAUAUCGCGAGUCAGAAAAUCCAUUCAUCAGCACGGCACGUGGCUUGAGCGAUCGCAUUGCUGGCUUCUUUGCUGAGAACGAGACUGCGAAAGUUAUCAAGAAGUUCCGAGAGAUGGAUCCGUCUUUUAAUAUGGAGCCCUUCUUGCACGAGAUGCGCGAGUACAUCCUCCCAGAAGUCUUGGAAGCCUAUGUCAAGGGCGAUGUUGAGACGUUGAAAUUGUGGCUUAGUGCCGCGCAAUUUCAGGUCUAUCAUGCUCUGAUGCAACAAUACACCACUGCUGGCCUAAAGUCUGACGGGCAGAUCGUCGAUAUCCGCAAUGUGGACGUUCUAAGUGCUAGAAUGCUCGAGCCUGGCGACAUUCCUGUUUUUGUGCUCAUGUGCCGGACACAGGAGAUCCACGUUUACCGCAAUGCCAAAAGCGGUGAACUGGCUGCCGGCAUGGAGGAUAAAGUGCAGCAAGUCACUUACGCGAUCGGAGUGACCCGACUUCCAGAAGAGGUCUCAAAUCCUGAGACCAGAGGCUGGAGGUUGAUUGAGCUCCAAAAAUCUGCGAGAGACUACAUGUGA